AUGGGGGCAAGCAAAAAGAUUAAAGUGAAAUGCUUGGAAUUAGAUGAAGCAUGGGUUCUUUUCAAGCACAAUGUUAAUCUAGCUGUUAUUGAGUCAGAUGAAAAGUUGAAGAAAAUAGCAAGGGAAGUGAUGAACAAGUGUGGUGGUUUGCCACUUGCUCUGCAAGUGGUGGGUAAGGCGAUGUCUAAUAGAAAUACCGUCCAAGAUUGGGAAUUUAUUUUGAGCUCGCUAAAGAUUUCACGUACUCAAGUAGUUCAAGGUGUGCAGGAAUCACUACUUCCUAUUUUGAAAUUCAGUUAUGAUACUCUACUUAGAAAUAUUCAGGAGUGUUUCUUGUGGGCUUCCCUUUUACGAUGGUUAUCCAAAGAAGGUUUGUUAAAAUUAUGGAUUGGUUUAGGCUUAAUCGGUGAUUUUGUCAAUUUACAACAAUCUUAUCUCCAAGCAAGAUAUAUUUUUAACAUUCUAGAGAAAUCAUGUUUAUUGUAUUCUUCUGAUGAUGAUUAUGUGGACCUACAUGAUGCAAUUUAUGAGAUGGCAGUGUGGAUAGCAUCAGACUGUGGGAUGAACAAGAAUAAAUGGAUAGUGAAAAAAUAUGAUAUGUUUGUAGUUGAAAUACCAUCAAUCAAUGCAGAGAAUUGGAGAUUCGCGAACGAGUGA